AUGGCUGGUCUCCACCGACCGGCGUCCGUCCUUGGACUGGUGUCAUCCAAGCAUGGCCGCAGCAGCUUGUUCCUCCACCUCGUCCAGGCAGUGGCGGUGCUCCUGGGCUCCUCGGACCUCGGCCCAUGCCACCCCAGGCAUACACCAUUGUACCUCAGUGCCAACCCCGUGCAGCACCGCCGUACCAAACACAUUGAGAUCGAUAUUCAUUUUGUUCGAGACAAGGUUCAGCAUUCUACAAUCUCCACUGAGAAGCUGGCGCGCGUCGCCGUGCGCCACGACCUCUACCCGCUGCUCCGACGCAACUGCCCUCGCCUCGAUCUCUUGGUAGGACAGUUUAUCCAGUCAGUGAAACAAGAGUUAGAGGAUGACCUUGGCACUACGCCCUAUGGUGGCACUGUAUUUAAGGCUCCCAAGGUGCUUGCUGAUAUAGUUGAGGCCAUUGCCGCUGCUGUCUAUGUGGAUUGCAACUUUAAUCUUGAAAAGAUCUGGAAGGUAACAAGGUUCCUCUUUGAGCCCAUUGUCACGACAGAAACAAUAGAUGAGCAACCUGUGUCUACGUUGCAUGAACUGUGCCAGAAACAUGGGAAAGAUGUAAAAUUCAAGACUUGGCAGAAGGGUGGAACAGUGGUUGUAAAUGUAUUUGUUGGUGGGGCACUUGUUGGGAUGGGCUCCUCAGAGCAGAUGGUAAUCGCUAAGCUCAAUGCCACCCGGGAUGCACUAAGCAAGCUUCUUGGUGGAGGCAAUCAGCAAGUGUCGACAACUGGAGUUAGCCAUGGAUUGGGGGUUGAGGUUGGAGAGCUUAGGGAAUGCAAGCAGAAGCUUAUUGAGCAGUGCAGCAGGAAGCAUUGGCCAAAACCCAUCUUUAAGUAA